GCGCCCGGCGGCGGCGCGAAAGGCAGCGGGGAGGGUGGCUCCGGGCUCGGUGCUCACCGCGACUUCCCGUGCAGGGCCCGGCAGGACAAGGACCCGCGGCCUCGGCGGCGCUGGAGGAUGCGGCCGCGGCCCCGGGCAGCAGCAGCGGGAACCCCGGUGCCCUGCAGGUCAGCAGUUGAGUAGCUGGGGCCCUGGAGGGCUUGAAGCCUUCACAGUGAUGGCGGAGAAGCGGCCACUGGGCACCCUGGGGCCUGUGCUGUAUGGCAAGCUGCCCCGCCUAGAGGCAGACUCUGGGCCCGGGCACAGCCUGCCCCCCUCUGCUGGUAACCAGGAGCCCUGCAGCUACAAAGGUGCCUACUUCUCCUGCCCCAUGGGGGGUCCUCCGAAGACAGAGUCUGAGCGGUUGGCAUCCUGGACCCCAUACCCACCCUUGUACCCCACCAGCAUGGCAGGACCCCCACUUCGGGCAGACAACCUUCUGACCAGCUGCCUGCUCUACCGCCCACCCACAGAAAGCUCCGAGAAAGUACAGGACUCUGGCCCGGUUGAGCUCCUACCCUUCGGUGCCCAGGCUCACUCCUACCCAGGCCCACCACUGGCGGCACCCAAACCUGUCUACCGCAACCCUCUGUGUUAUGGGCUCUCAACCUGCCUGGGGGAAGGGGCAGCAAAGAGGCCCCUGGAUGUUGAUUGGACGCUGGUGACUGGAUCCCUGUUACCCCCCGCCGACCCAUCUUGUUCUCUGCCCCCAGCUCCUGGCAAGGGCCAGUCCCUGGAUGGUACCUUCUUGCGUGGGGUGCCAGCUGGGACGUCUGGCAAAGACUCCUCGGUGAGCUUCUCCCCGUGCCAGGCAUUCUUGGAGAAGUAUCGGACCAUCCACAGCACGGGCUUCCUGGCCUCCAAGUAUGCAGGUCCUUACUCUGGGGACCCCAAGCAGGCAUUGUCCGAGGGACCCCCCAGUCCUUGGACGCAGCUGGCCCAACCUCUGGGACCAGCCUGCCAGGAUGCAGUGCCCACCCACUAUCCGCUGCCCCAUCCCGCACAGGCCCUCCCUUGCCCUCCAGCCUGUCGCCACCCAGAGAAGCAGGGCAGCUAUGGCUCAGUGCUUCCACCGCAGCCUCUGGGAGCCCACAAGGGGGCCGGGUACCCAGCUGGUGGGCUAAGCAGCCCCUACCUGAGGCAGCAGGCAGCUCAGACACCCUAUAUGCCCCCAGUGGGGUUGGACACUUAUUCCUACCCCUCUGCCCCCCUCCCAGCACCCUCGCCAGGCCUCAGGCUGGAGCCGCCUCUCGCCCCACGCUGCCCAGUGGACUUUGCUCCCCAGACGCUGGGCUUUCCUUACGCCCGGGAUGACCUCUCUCUCUAUGGAGCAUCCCCAGGGCUCGGAGGGACGCCGCCUUCCCAGAACAGUGUGCAGGCUGUGCCACAGCCCGGUGCCUUCCAGCGGGCAUGCCAGCCUCUGCCUGCCAGCCAGCCAUGCUUAGAGCCUGCAAGGCCUGCAGAGAAGCCAGUGCAGGAAGCUGAGGAGAAGAUGUGGCUGCCCAGCUGCAGGAGAGAGCAGCCCCAGCCCCACCUCGAUGAGCACCCUGGGGCACCCAUCAUCAUUGGAGAUAGUCCAGUUCCACGCACCCCACCGGCACUCCCGCCCUGUGCCCAGGAGCGCCAGUCUCUUACGCAGAACGAGGGCACACUGCCACCCAGCUCCCCACCCAUGCCCAUUAUCGACAACGUCUUCAGCUUGGCCCCCUACCGUGACUACCUGGACGUGCAGGCACCUGAGGCCACAGCUGAGCCAGACCCGGCCCCAGCCCCCAGUGAGAACCAUGACAAAGACUGCAGGGGAUCUCUGCCUGGCCGGGAAGCCCCCUCAAGUGUGCACGCCUCACUUAAGGAGGAGGUGGCACUGGACUUGAGUGUGAAGAAGACCGCGGCAGAGGCCCCCCCUACCAAGGUCCCUCAUCCCGCAGGGCAUGCCAAGCCCACUGCAGCUGUGGAUGUGCCAGGUGCGGGAAACACAGUCUCCGACGUGCCAGGUGUGGGGGACACAGUCUCAGAUCGGCAAGUCCUGAAAAAGGUAGUCACAGAGGCACCAGACCUGCCUGGGGUGCCAGUGACCACAGAGGCGACCCCAAGGACCAACUUCCACAGCUCUGUAGCCUUCAUGUUCCGAAAAUUCAAGAUCCUCCGGCCAGCACCCUUGCCUGCAACUGUGGUUCCAGCCGUGGUCCCAGCUGUGCCCACCUCAGCCCCUGCUCAGCCUGCACCCACCCCCACACCUGUGCCCGCUGGACUACAGAUUCUCACCCAGCCCUUGCCCGUGGCCUGCUUCAACCUGGCUCUGCCCAGCCCUCCAGCUGUAGCCAUGACCUCCCCCGCCUCGGCCCCUGCUCCGGCUCCAUCACCUGCACCGGCUCCGGCUCCGGCUCCAGCUCCGGCUCUGGCUCCAGUUGUAGGCCCCGCUCCAGCGUCUACUCCCGCCACAACAGACUCCCCAGAGCAACACUUUGCAGGACUGCAUGCCUCCCUCUGUGACGCCAUCUCGGGCUCAGUGGCCCACUCCCCACCGGAAAAGCUGCGCGAGUGGCUUGAGACGUCUGGGCCUUGGGGCCGGGCGGCGUGGCAGGACUGCCAGGGUGUGCAGGGGCUGCUGAGCAAGCUGCUGUCCCAGCUGCAGAGCUUCGUGUGCACGCAGCAGUGCCCCUUCCCCCACGUGGUGCGGGCCGGGGCCAUCUUUGUGCCCAUCCACCUGGUGAAGGAGCGGCUCUUCCCGCGGCUGCCACCCGCUUCCGUGGACCACGUGCUGCAGGAGCAUCGCGUGGAGCUGCGGCCCACCACGCUGUCGGAGGAGCGGGCCCUGCGGGAGCGCGCCCUGCACGGCUGCACGUCGCGCAUGCUGAAGCUGCUGGCGCUGCGCCAGCUGCCCGACAUCUACCCUGACCUGCUGGGCCUUCAGUGGCGAGACUGUGUACGCCGCCAGCUGGGUGACUUUGACACUGAGGCUGGAUCUGUGCCCUCCUCAGAGCCCACCGUGGCCAGAGAGGAGCCAGAGAGCCUAGACCUGGCUUGGAAGUUGUCUGCCCCCAAAGCCAAAAAGCCGGGGAGGAAGCCACCAACCCCUGGCCUGGAGAAAGCAGAGGCAACUGCUGGAGGAGGGUCCCGAGGUGCCUCACCCACCCCUGCUGCUGGUGCCAGCUUGCCCGGCCCCGCGAUGAGGGCGCGCUUCCGCAGCCUGCUCGAAUCCGCCUGGCUCAAUGGCCUGGCUCUGCCCACCUGGGGCCACAAGGCCUCAGGACCCGACCGGACCGCGCCCCGCCCGCAGCUGUUGGGCAGCCAGAGUCAUCAGCUGUAGCCUUGGUCGCCUCUGCUGUUUGGAGAUCUGGGGAUCACUCUCUGUGCCCCGCUUCUGCCAGUCCAGCUGCUGAGGGCCAGGAGCGGACAUGGCCUUGGGGUUUCUCCAGCUCUUACCCUGCCCCCGCCCCCCACCCCAGGCUGGGCUGAGAGCCCCUGAACUUUUAACUUGAGGGCCUUUAUCAGAAAGGACUACUUCCUAUUUCUUCCUUAGAGAAAACGUGUGGGCUUUGGAGCCCGACAGACUUGGGCUUGAAUCCUGGCUCCUGUUCCUUGCUGUGUAAACGGGCAGGCCACUUCCUCUCUUGCGCCCUCAGUUCCCCAUUUGUAAAAUAGGACAACACAGCCUACCUCACAGGGUUGUUGUGGGGUGAUGCCUGACACACACCCAUCACGGUUUGCUCUCUGCUUCCUGCCCAGGACAGGAGCCUAGAUCUCAGCCAGGGCCUGGAAUAGGAGGCUGAGGCCCGCAGAACCUUCCUCUAGAAAGUCUUGAUGUGUCAUAGGACUUGGUCAUCUUAGAGUGGUAUGUUGUCCAGUGUGUAUGGCUCACACACUUUCUAGAGUCAUUUCCCAGGAAAGCCUAGGGCUACAUACAGCCCCAGCAUUUGGGGUUGGGCGCUAACCCCCGAGUCUGGAGCUCCUUGAGGGAGCCUUCCCCUCCCAUCCCCUGCUACAGGGGGUGCAGGGAUACAGCCUGGGGCUGGCAUCCUUGUCCUGGGCCUGCUGCUUUCACCCCUGGGAGGCCCCAGCCUGUGCUGAAUUGACACCAGUGACUUCCCUGAGGUGCCGCCCCAACCUGGUGCAUUUUCCCAGGAAAGUUGUGUGUUUGCCAGAAGCCAAGCAGCUGCAGGGACUCAGGGACUAAAAAAGGGACAGGCUGAGUGACAGCUCAGUCCUGGGAGGUCUCCGAAGAUGUCGACUAAGGACGUUGGCCCUCCCCAAGCCAGGGCCGCAUCAGCCAGGCCUGCUGUGGGGUACCUUCUUGCAGAGUGCUGAACUGAGCCAGAGGCUGGCAAGCCAGGCCCUUGGCCUAGUUAAGGUCUGUGAUAAGGCUGUGGGCCCUGGAGGCAGGCCAUUAAACAUAAAAGCAUUUGGGUUGUGUUUGGA